CACGAGGUCCUUCCUUUCAGCCAGCACCUUCGCCGCGAGUGAGUGCGUGGCCUGGAUGGAUUGGUGAAAUUUGGUCCAGUUUUAACAAAGUCAGUCGAUUUUGAGUUACAUUAGCACAACACCGAGAUGCCGGCGUAUUUUCAGCGGCCAGAGAAUGCUCUGAAGCGAGCGAACGAAUUCCUUGAGGUUGGUAAAAAGCAGCCAGCCUUGGAUGUUUUGUACGAUGUUAUCAAGAGUAAGAAACAUCGAACAUGGCAGAAGAUCCACGAACCCAUUAUGCUCAAGUACCUGGAGCUGUGUGUGGAUCUGCGCAAGAGCCACCUGGCCAAAGAGGGUCUCUACCAGUACAAGAACAUCUGCCAGCAGGUGAACAUCAAAUCUCUGGAAGAUGUGGUCAGGGCAUACCUGAAACUGGCAGAAGAAAAGACUGAGACGGCUAAAGAAGAGUCACAGCAGAUGGUACUGGACAUCGAGGACCUGGACAACAUCCAGACUCCAGAAAGUGUGCUGCUGAGCGCUGUGAGUGGAGAGGACACUCAGGAUCGUACAGAUCGCCUGCUGCUCACUCCUUGGGUCAAGUUCUUGUGGGAGUCCUACCGCCAGUGCCUGGACCUGCUGAGAAACAACUCCAAGGUGGAACGUCUGUAUCAUGACAUCGCCCAGCAAGCUUUUAAGUUCUGCCUUCAGUAUACUCGCAAAGCAGAAUUUCGCAAGUUGUGUGACAACCUGCGCAUGCAUCUGGGUCAGAUCCAGCGGCACCACAACCAGAGCACCGCCAUCAACCUGAACAACCCUGAGAGCCAGUCCAUGCACCUGGAAACCCGUCUGGUGCAGCUGGACAGUGCUAUAAGCAUGGAGCUCUGGCAGGAAGCGUUUAAGGCUGUAGAGGACAUCCAUGGUCUAUUCGCCCUCUCUAAGAAGCCUCCUAAACCCCAGCUCAUGGCCAAUUACUACAACAAGGUUUCUACUGUCUUCUGGAAGUCUGGAAAUGCUCUCUUCCAUUCCUGCACUCUCCACCGUCUCUAUCAUCUGUCGAGGGAAAUGCGCAAGAAUCUGACUCAAGAUGAGAUGCAGAGGAUGUCCACCAGAGUCCUCCUGGCCACCCUGUCUAUUCCCAUCACCCCUGAGCGCACCGACAUCGCUCGACUGCUGGACAUGGACGGCAUCAUUGUGGAGAAACACCGCAGGCUGGCCACCCUGUUGGGUCUUCAGUCUCCACCAACCCGCCAGAGUCUCAUCAAUGACAUGGUGAGGUUUAACCUGUUGCAGUACGUUCUUCCUGAAGUGAAAGAGCUUUACAACUGGCUGGAGGUCGACUUCCAUCCUCUCAAGCUGAGUGGAAGAGUGACGAAGGUGUUGAAUUGGGUCAAAGACCAGGCUGAGAAAGAGGCUGAUCUCCAGCAGUAUGUCCCUCACCUGCAGAGUAACACCAUCCUUAGACUCCUGCAGCAGGUCGCACAGAUCUACCAAAGCAUUGAGUUCAGCCGUUUGGCUUCCCUGGUUCCAUUCGUGGACGCCUUUCAGCUGGAGCGCUCUAUUGUGGAUGCUGCUCGUCACUGUGAUCUCCAGGUUCGAAUCGACCACACGUCUCGAACUUUGAGUUUUGGCUCUGACCUGAACUACUCUACCAAAGAGGAUUCUCCAGUUGGGCCGUUCCUGCAGAACAUGCCAUCAGAACAGAUCAGGAACCAGCUGACUGCCAUGUCUGCUUCUUUGGCUAAAGCCAUCCAGGUCAUCAAACCUGCCUCUAAUCUGCAAGAGCGUGAGGAACAUAAUCAACAGGCCAUCGCUGCCUACCUGAAAAAUGCCCGCAAGGAUCACCAACGCAUCCUGGCCCGCAGACAAACCAUCGAAGAGCGUAAAGAGCGCCUGGAGAGCCUCAACAUCCAGCGAGAGAAGGAGGAGCUGGAACAGCGAGAAGCUGAGAUGCAGAAAGUCCGCAAAGCUGAGGAGGACCGUCUGCGGCAAGAGGCCAAAGAGCGGGAGAAGGAGCGCAUCAUGCAGGAGCACGAACAGAUCAAGAAGAAGACAGUCCGCGAACGACUGGAGCAGAUCAAGAAAACUGAACUCGGAGCCAAAGCCUUCAAGGAUAUUGACAUUGAGGACCUGGAGGAGCUGGAUCCUGACUUCAUCAUGGCUAAACAGGUGGAGCAGCUGGAGAAGGAGAAGAAGGAACUCCAGGAGCGUCUGAAGAAUCAGGAAAAGAAGAUUGAUUACUUCGAGAGGGCAAAACGCCUCGAGGAGAUUCCUCUUAUCAAGAAAGCCUAUGAAGAACAGCGCGUCAAAGACAUGGAGCUAUGGGAACUCCAGGAAGAGGACAGGAUCAGUAACCUGGAGAUCGAACGGGAAAAGGCUCUGGAGCACAAGAAGCGCAUGUCCAGGAUGAUGGAGGACAAAGAAGGCUUCCUGGCAAAGAUAACGGCUGCCCGCAGCUUCAUUUAUGAGGAAAAAUUAAAAGCCUUCGAGGAGCGCUUGGUCGAGGAGAGGAAAAAGCGCCUGGAAGAAAGGAAGAGGCAGCGCAAAGAGGACAGGCGUAACGCUUUCUACCGCCAGAAGGAGGAGGAGGCUCAGCGUAUCCAUGAGGAGCAGCUAAAGAAAGAACGUGAAGAGCGAGAACGCCUGGAACAGGAGCAGCGUGAGGAGGAGGAGCGGGAGUACCAGGAGCGUCUACGCAAACUGGAGGAGCAGGAGCGCAAGCAGCGCGCUCGCCAGCAGGAGAUUGAGGAGCGGAUCCGGCAGAAGAACGUCAGCCCACAAGAAAAGAAACCUACGGAUGAGAAGGAUGAAGGAGGCUGGAGAAAGCGAACUGAGGGAGACUCCGAAUGGCGUCGCCCAGUUCCUGACAGCAGGGACUGGAGACAAGAAGGCAAAGAAGACAACAAAGAGGAAAGAGACGGCCCCUUGAAGCGCGGAGACGGCCCUCGCAGGGAUGGGGAAGACAGAGGUCCUCGCCGAGGCUUUGAAGAUGAUCGAGGUCCACGUCGUGGAGGCGAUGACGAGCGUCCUCCUCGCAGAGGGAUGGAUGAUGACCGCGGGCCGCGUAGAGGGUUUGAUGACGACAGAGGUCCCAGGAGGGGCGGAGACGACGACCGUGGGCCUAGACGCGGCUUUGACGACGACCGUGGUCCGAGACGCGGCUUUGACGACGACCGUGGUCCGAGACGCGGUUUUGACGACGACCGCGGUCCGAGACGCGGUUUUGACGACGACCGCGGUCCGAGACGCGGUUUUGACGACGACCGCGGUCCAAGACGUGGUUUUGAUGAUGACAGAGGUCCUCGCAGAGGACUUGAUGAGUCUAGGGGUCCCAGACGUGGGGCUGAUGAUGACUGGGGUCCCAGAAGAGACAUGGAUGAUGGCCCACGACAUGGAGAUGACUCCAAACCAUGGAAGCCCCUUGGCCGACCCGGUGGCUGGCGCGAGCGGGAGAAGGCCCGGGAGGAGAGCUGGGGUCCACCCCGCGGCGGUGCUAAUGAUGACGAAGAAGGCGGUGAAGAGGAAGAAAGACCCGGUGAUCCCUUCAGGGACCGUCGUCCACAGAGAGAGGAGAACGUCUGGAGGAGAGGAGGCACAGAGGAAGGAAGCUGGAGGGAUUCCCGCAAAGAAGAAGCUGAUCGAGACGGUCGUGAUCGAGACGAUGGUCGUAAUGACCGGCGGGAUCGAGAGCGACGAGAUGAUCGUGAUCAGAGAGCUCCUCCUAGAGAUAAUGACGAAGGCAGCUCCUGGCGUCGCGGAGGCGAUGAAAGACGAGAGGAGCGGGACCGUCCCAGAGAGAACGAAGCUGACGGGGAAAAGGCUUGGCGUACCGACAAGGAAAACCCUCGCCGCACCAAGAAUGAGACUGAUGACGAUGGAUGGACCACUGUUCGGCGCUAAAUAACUUUUUCGGCCCCUGUGACGAGCUGCUCCAGACAAACACAAUUACAAUAAUUAUAAUACAAAAAUAAUACUCAGCCAGCAGGUCACAGAAUUGAAUUUACUACUUCUAGCUUCUAAUACUGGAUGAAAUAUUUGUAGACUGUUUGAUGAGGAUUAAUUUUCUUUAUUUUGUCUUCCUGUGGUCUUUCAGACUGGUUCCUUUUCACCUGUAAUAUCAGUAACCAGUGAGCUUGUGUGCAUCAAGGCCUCAUAAACAAUCUUCUGAAAGCCCCUGUGGUUCUUAGUAUUUUUACCUUACACACAUACACCGGGUCUGAUGUUCAGUGCAAGCUAUGUAUCACCAACUGCCUCUUAAUCAUUGCAUAGAUGUUCUAAGACAGAUUAACAGCAGCAGUUCUCCUGGUUUCUGCUCCUCAUCUUUAAGGAGGUGCUUCUUUAUCUGCGGGUGGAUUUUACAUCUCGAGUUGCAUGCUUCAGAGUAUUCAGAUGGUCUCCUGAUGUCUGCUUUUGUCCUGCUGCAAUCAUUGGUUUCGGCCAGGUUGCAUGUAUGCACAGAAAGCCUUUAAAUAAUAAAUAUGUUUGCUCACCA